CGCCAUGAUACCAUACAAGUGAAAAGGUAUGUCAACACAACUAAUUUCCUAUCUCUGGGUUUAUAUGAUUAUUCCAAAUUUCAAUCUGUCAAUCUUCUGUAUCCUACGGGAACUGAUGACCCCAAAUUUUUGUAUUCACACUAUGAUUCACAACCAGAGCUCAGCUUCUUAUUUCUUACGCAAUUUCUUCGCGUCUCCUUGCUGACAAGUCUUCGGUAUAGUAGUUUACAAUGGCUCCGGUCACAGAGCCCUUCCCCAUUUCUCGCAUCGCAAGUCGUUACUUGCUAUUUGAUGUCGACAUCAUCAGCCAUGUGCGCCGCAACCAUAAUAUGUGCGGCCUCCUAGUCGGCACCAUUCCCAAUCUCUCACAGCAGAAUGUCUUUCUCGGCAUUCCGCUUGAGCUUAUGCCUGAGGAAGCACGCGUCCUGGUAGAACAGGGCGCUGCAUAUAUUGUCGAUGAUGCGCAGGCUCAUCGACAAGGCUUCAUGGAGAUGAGUCGAGAAGACCGAUUGAAGUUCUUACAAUAUAUGGACCAGCAAGGCCAUGAGAAGGCCAUGGAGUCGAAACGUAUGACCGAGCAGAGGACGGCAAAAGCACUCAGUGCGAAGGGUUUGAAGCCAAAGGAAGAAGAAAACCCUCCAGUGGAUCCUGAACUAGUGCCGGAGCCGUACCGUGAUGUGACCAUGCCGCAAUUCAGGCCAAACUCAUUGGCAUCAGUCAAACCUGUUGAAGUAAAGGAAGAGUCGCUCUUCGACUCGGAACCUGCUGCUACGGCCGUUUCUGCUCCUGAGAACAAGAUCGUUCCUCAUUUCAUCACACCCACCACUUCUCACCCUCCACUACCAAAGCCAGCUAUAGACCAUUCGAUACCGCUACCCGUGGUUCCAAAGAGCUAUUCACUGUACAGAUAUGUGCAGUCGAAAGGCUACUUCACAAUGCCUGGACUGCGCUUCGGCUGUAAUUACUCAAUCUAUCCUGGCGACCCGCUUAGAUUCCACAGCCACUUCCUCGGGACUGGUCUCGGAUGGGAUGAAGAGUUUGAUCUACUCGACGUCAUUGGCGGAGGUCGGUUAGCGAAUAGAAACAAGAAAGCAUAUCUGAUCGGAGGCGAGGAUCCACAGGUGCCAAAAGAGAGUGUGACAUCCACAGAGGGAAUGCGUGUGUUUUCGAUUGAGUGGGUGGCAAUGUAAACAUUGUUGGUUUGCCUCGUCGAGCUACACAAAAGUAAAGAACGAAGACAUUGAACAAACCGAAUGAUAUUCUGUUCAUUCUACCACAAAUAUACCCUAUUAUCACA